AUGUUACCACCAUCAAAUUAUGUUUAUUAUACAUGGACAGAUCCAUUACAACCAAUAGAAUUAUUUGUAUCAUGUGGAUCUAAGUCAAUUAAAUUAGACUUUACUUCUCCAAAUGGUAUAUUUGGUGAAGAUGGUGGACAUAAAAUAGCUUAUAGCAUAUUUGUUGAUGGCAUUCAAACGGGUUUACUCUUUUCUGAGGCUGUAAAUUUAUAA